UUAAUAUUUGAUGAGCACCUAGUCCUAUAAAUACCCAACUGAUCAUACAUUAAAUUUCAUUGCAAAGCAAAAGAAACACAAAUUAAAGACACUAAAGCAUGGCAGUUCCAUUCCAUAUUCCUUCGUUGCCGAAACCACAAAACCAGUACAACUUUCACGUAGAUAAUACCAACACCCCUUAUACUCACCCACGGCUCCCCAAAUACGGCUCAAGGACGAUCCACCCGGCCACGGCUUUCGAUCCUCUUGAGUUCGCCUUCAAACCCUUUGGUGCACCAGUAUCUCCUAGUAAACCUGCUCCGAUUGAAUCCACGCCCUUCAAGUUUAUCGAAACGGUCGAUGAUUUGUGUUACUUGGCCACCAAGUUAAGUGAGUCGAGCGAGUUUGCUGUUGAUUUGGAGCAUAACGUUUACCGUUCUUUCCAAGGAAUGACUUGUUUAAUGCAAAUUUCUACUCGGAGGGAGGAUUUUGUGGUUGAUACUUUGAAGUUGAGGGAGCAUAUAGGAGAUUACCUAGGUGAGUUUUUCCAAGAGGCUAGUAAAAGGAAAGUUAUGCAUGGAGCAAGUAACGACGUACUCUGGCUUCAAAGAGAUUUUGGUAUUUACGUGUGUAAUCUUUUUGAUACUAUGCAAGCGUCAAGGGUCAUGAAAUUAGAGAGAAAUUCACUCGAUUUUCUUCUCAAGUAUUAUUGUGGUGUGACGGCUAAUAAAGAAUACCAAACCUCAGAUUGGAGAUUACGCCCUUUGCCUUGUACCAUGCUUAAAUAUGCCCGGGAUGAUACACACUAUCUGCUUUACAUCUAUGAUAUGAUGUUCAAAAACCUAAAUUCUGAAAAUGCGCAAAACGAAUAUGAAUAUGAUAAUCCAUUGGGCCAGGUUUACUUCAAAAGUUAUGAAGUAUGCACUCAGUUAUACAAGAAGGAAUUGUUUAACUACGAGACAUCUUAUCUCAACUUAUACGGGUUAUCAGAGGCUAAUUUGGAUGCCAAACAACUCGAAAUUGUUGCAAUGCUUUGUGAAUGGAGGGACAGAAUUGCAAGAAAAGAAGAUGAAAGUACUGGCUAUGUUUUGCCUAAUAAAUUGAUCUUGGAAAUUGCUCGAAAAUUACCAUCGACUCAGGAAGAUUUCUUGGAACUAGUGGGGUAUAAUAACAACUAUAUCAUUAGAUAUGCUGCUCGAAUAGUUGAAGCUAUUAGAGUUUUGUUUCAUCGUAGAGGUGAUUGUGUUAUGUUUCAAGAUGUGGCAAAAAAACUGAAGAACAAGGUUCCUGUAUCUGAAGUUGCUGCGACAAUAAUUCAACAAAAAGAAAGGUGCAAUUCUCAAGUUGUAAAAAGAUUUCCAGCAGGACAUUUGAUGGCGAUGAAUUCCAAUUAUAGGCUUUUUUUUAAUACGCGUGUUUGUUUUCAGCCAACUUUUGCAGUGCCAUGUUAUGCCUAUCAAGUUGUUCCGGUUGUUCCCGGCUAUGUAAUGUAUUAA